AUGAAAGGAGGAAGUAUUUAUAGGUUCAAAGGCAGACCUGUUUCUGCAGCAUUAGCCCUAGUUGUUCUUGUUCUUUUUAGCACAUUGUUGUGGACUUGGGAAACAAAUCCAAUAGGCACCACUUUUAGAUCAGCUCAAGAAUGGUACCACUUACCUUCAGACUUUCAUUUGGAACUCCCAAUUGAUUCAAUGAGAACUACAAAGCCGAAAAAAGUUGUGGAAAAAUCCUUAACACCCUCCCGAGAAAAUAAAACAAAAUUGCAACUUGGCAUCAAGGGUGCAGCAGCUGUAGAUUCUAUACAUCCCCAAUCUUCGGAUUUUGUACACAAAAAAGAUUUGAAGUCUUCUUCCAGAAGUGAAGCUUGUAAUUACGCCAACGGCAAGUGGGUUGCAGAUAGCAGGAGACCACUCUAUUCUGGUUUCAACUGUAAGCAAUGGUUAUCAUCAAUGUGGUCUUGUAGAAUGACACAACGACCAGAUUUCUCAUUUGAGGGAUACCGCUGGCAGCCAAAAAAUUGUGAUAUGCAAGAGUUUGACCGCUCUCAGUUCUUGAGAAAGAUGAAGGACAAAACAAUUGCAUUCAUAGGUGAUUCAUUGGGUCGUCAACAAUUUCAAUCUCUGAUGUGUAUGGCCACUGGUGGAGAAGAGAGUCCAGAAGUAGAAAACGUGGGGUGGGAGUAUGGUCUUGUAAAACACCGUGGAGCUAUACGUCCUGAUGGAUGGGCUUACAGAUUUCCAAAGACAAAUACCACCAUCUUAUAUUAUUGGUCAGCUAGCUUAUGUGAUCUUGUGCCCCUAAACAUCAACGACAAAAAUACAAACAUUGCCAUGCAUUUAGACCGUCCACCCGCAUUUAUGAGACAGUUCCUCCAUCGCUUUAAUAUUUUGGUUCUCAACACAGGACACCAUUGGAACCGUGGGAAGCUCAACGGAAACAGGUGGGUAAUGCAUAUUAAUGGAAAGCCAAAUGAAGACAAAAAGAUUGAAGAAAUUGCAAAUGCCAAAAACUUAGCAAUCAAGAGUGUAGUCAGAUGGCUUGAUUUGCAACUUGUUUCACAUCCCCAGCUCAAAGUUUUCUUCCGGACUUUAUCACCUAGGCAUUUCUUCAACGGAGAUUGGAAUACCGGCGGGAGCUGUGAUAACACUAUCCCAUUAUCAAAUGGUAGUGAGGUCUCGCAGGUAGGAUCCAGUGAUCCAGUUAUUGAGGGUGCACUAAAGGGUACAAAGAUUAAGAUAUUGGAUAUAACUCCUCUUUCGCAAUUGAGGGACGAGGCUCACAUGUCUCGCUACACUCUUAGAGGAAUUGUUAAUGCUGUGACACAUUUAGUACCAUUUAGCGCAACAGUGUCGGAAUACACAAGCUAUGCAGACACAACAACAAUUCCAGGACACUAUGUGCUAUACUGA